AAGUGUUUGCCGUCUUUGGACAUUCAGUGUGCGAUAUCCCGGCGGACGGUGCAGACAACGCUUUUCGCCACGAUCACACGAUUCGAGCUAAACAACAAACAGAAAAAAGAAAUAUAUAUAUCAAAAAAGUACAAGAAAAAGAAAAGCUAAAACACAAAAGGUUGCCCUUUUGAAAACUUAAAACAAGCCACGCGAAAAACUUUUGACUUCAAGUCAAAACAAUUAUUUUUUUAUUGUGACAAAACAAAGAGUACAAAAUAAAAGUCAUUACCAGUACAAAACAUACCUCAAUCAGUAGUUACAAACACGUGCUAGAAGUGACCACAAAAAAAAAGUUAAAAAAAAGAAAAUAAGAAAAGAAAAUAAGAAAAGAAAAUAAGAAAAAAAAAGCGAAAAAAAGAAAAGAUCAAUAAUAUACUAUUAACCCAGUGAAUUGAAAAUCGCCCGAGGAAGUAAACCAUAUCAACGGUCCGGUGACUAAGCUCAACCUCUCAACCUCGACCUCAGCCUCAGUCCUACUACCUACUACCUACUACCUCUCACUAUCCCCAGUAGUACGACAUCCUGGCCCCCAAAAACCACGGACAUUACGACGCACACAUCCUGCGACAGACACACGGCGCCCCAACAUUCCCCACAUUUUCAAUAAAAUGUAAACCAAACGAUUCUCCGGAUUCUUUCAAUUCUUGUUCCGAUUUGUAUUCUUCAUUCAUUCCUUAAACAAAAAACCGAAAGAAACGUAAGCCUACGUAAUACUGAACAGCAAUCAAUGCACUUUCCAUAAUUCUUAACUUAUUAUAUAUUAUUUAUCUAAAAAUAAAACCAUCUUGUGAUAUCUUUUUUUGUGUUUAGUCAUAGGUUGAAAAAAAAAAAAAUAGAAAGAAAAAACCAAAACAAAAAGUAUGCAAAACCCAUAGACAAGUAAAUCUUAAAAAAAAAAAAAACAAAAAAACUAUAUUUAUUAGAGCACAGCUUAUAAUUUGUGUUGAAUGUUUAGUUUCCGUUGAUUUUAAGCAAACAUAUAGUUUCAAAGCCUAGACACUCAGGAUUUAGUUCAAAUAUUAGUAGCUUAGUCGAUGAGUUGUAUUUGCGAAUACUCGCUUGAGAGAAGUCCCCCGCACACGAACAGACCCACGCAUGCACGCCCGCCGUUUGGGGCUGCUCUACACCGACACAUAAAGACCCCCACACACGACGACCAGACGGACGAAGACAGGCCAAACCAAUGCUAAAAUGUCGCUGCCCAACGAACAGACAAACUUGCCGCACAAUCCCAGCCAACCAGCAUCCGCAGACACACAGACACCAGCCACGGCAACAGGAACCACAACACCAUCCACACCAACACCAUCCACACGAGCCACACAACCAAAUGAGCUGAAACACCGCCUGACGCCACUGAAUGUGCGUCGUUUAUCGGGCUACGUUAAUCCGCAAGCGAUCAGCGAUAAUGCUGGCGAUGAUCCCCCGCCCACCACCAUUAACAUUGGCCUCUUCAACAACAAUAACAACAAUAAUACAAAUAAUAAUAAUAACAACAACAACACAGCAUCAACAACGCCACCAUCUGCAUAUGCCACACCACCAAUAUACCAACAACAGUUGUCCACACUGACAGCAACAACACCGCUAGAUGUGGCACCGGAUGAUAAAUACAGAUUGUUUACCAUUUUCAAUGGAAACGAUCCCGACAAUGAGAAAUUGUCGGGCCUACCACAUUCGACAACCGGUUCACUAAGCUCAAUCAUCACGACGUCCAUAGCAUCCUCCGAACCGGAUCCUGGAGCGGUGAGCGGCGGCGGCGGCGGAGCAGGAGGAGCAGGUGGCGGCGGCGGAGGCAAUGGCGGUAUCGGAUCGGGUGCCCUGGUGGCAGCGGAUGCCUCCAGCAUUGCCGGCAUCAAUGGCAGCUCCGAGGAGAAGUUGGCGCUCAAUCGACCCGGCAUCAAGCAGGAGAAGUGGACGACUAUCCUGCUGCAGGUAUCCAUUCCGUUCUUUCUGGCCGGGAUUGGCACCAUCGGAGCGGGCAUUGUUCUGGGACGCGUUGAGAAAUGGUAUGUCUUCAAGAACGUAAGCGAGCUGUUCAUCCUGGUGCCGGCGCUUUUGGGUCUGAAGGGCAACCUGGACAUGUGCCUGGCAUCGCGUCUGUCCACGCAAGUGAAUCUGGGCAACAUGACCAGCAGGCAGGGCGUGAUACGGAUGAUAGUGGGGAACAUAGCACUGGUGCAGGUCCAGGCGACGGUGGCCUCCUUUCUGGUGGCCAUGUUUGCGGUCAGCGUGGGCGCGGCCAUGACCGGCGACUUCUAUUUCGAGAACAUGAUGCUGCUGACUGCCUCGGCCAUGUUCACGGCCACCUCGUCGUGCUUUGUGCUGGACUUCGUUUUGGUGGCUGUAAUCCUGUUCUCGCAGAAGUACCGCCUCAAUCCGGACAACCUGGCCACGCCGUUGGCCGCCUCCAUUGGUGACGUGGUGUCCAUCAGUUUGCUCUCCUUUAUCGCCUCGCUGCUGUACGAUCAUAUCAAAACGCACCUGUGGAUCACAUUCAUCGUGGUCACCUGCUACCUGGUGCUGUUGCCCAUGUGGGUGAUGAUCGUGCUGAGGAACGAGUACACGCGGCCGGUGCUAAAGAGCGGAUGGGUUCCCGUCCUCUCGGCCCUCUGCAUAAGUGGUCUGGGUGGCCUUGUGUUGGAUGCCGCCGUCGAGGUGUUUAAUGGAUUCGUAGUGUUUCAACCGAUCAUCAACGGAAUCGGCGGCAAUCUGGUAUCGGUGCAGGCCAGCAAGAUAUCCACAAUGCUGCACCAGAGCUCAAUUAUCGGGAUUAUACCACCGCACACGCAGAUCUUCGAGUGGCCUUGGCGGGCGCUCUUCAAAGGAGUUCCCUAUGCGAAGACAGCGAGGAUACUUAUUGCCAUGUCCAUACCCGGCAAUGUUCUGUUCAUCUUUGCUGCUGACUAUAUAAACUAUAGCACCUCGACGGUCACCUGGGUGUUUGUGCUUUCCUAUCUGACCGCCAGUUUGGUUCAGGUGAUGCUGCUGCUGUAUAUUGCCCACAUCAUUGUGCACGCGAUGUGGAAGUGGAAGAUCGAUCCGGAUAACUCGGCCAUACCCUACCUGACGGCCUUGGGCGAUCUGCUCGGCAGCAGUCUGCUGGCGGUGGCGUGGCUAUUCACCAUGUCGGUGGGCAUGCAGUACGGAUCCGGAAUGGAGACACUCAACGCACCUAACUAAUGUAGCUAACGAAAUAGGGAGAGUACGGAGUAACGUAGAACGAUAAACAAGGCAGCCACACACACACACCAUACAAUAUAAAGAACUGUUAUGUACCUAAAACAAAUAUACAGAAAACAUAGAAAUUGUA